AUAAAGAUGGUGUCCACCAGAGUCACGGUGACGGCGAUAACGCUGCUUACUCUUUGUGUGCUGGCCUCGCAAACGUCUGCAGCUCAUCCCGGAUGCUGUCGAACAUACAUGAAGGGCAAAUUACGAUGUCAGAACAUCAAGGGCUACUCUGUGCAGACUUCUACAGAGAUGUGCCCAAUCAGCGCCAUCAUUUUCCACCUGAAGAGCGGACAGAAAGCCUGCACCGACCCUGCUCUGGAGUGGGUGAUGACCUGCAUCAACCGCAUAAGAUAUAAAGCACAGAAAGUUCAUCAGAACGCCCAAACACAGGAGCCGUCCCACACCUCGAAGCUCUGA